AUGAGAAGAACACACGCAAGCGGCGGCAAACGAAGCAAACAACCGAAUCGUGAUCAGGUGGCAGCAAUCGUGGAGGACAAGAUUCUUUGCAUGCACGGCGGCAUCAGCCCGGAGCUGCAGCGUCUCGGGCAGAUCUUGGAGAUACCCCGGCCCAUCGACGUCCCCGAUGAAGGGUUGCUCUGCGACUUGCUCUGGUCGGAUCCCGAGGCCGGGAUUUGCGGGUGGGGGCGAAAUCCGCGGGGGGUUAGCUACACGUUCGGGCAUGACGUGAUCGAGGAAUUCUUGACGCGGCACGAUCUUGACCUUAUCUGCCGAGCCCAUCAGGUGGUUGAGGACGGCUACCAGUUCCAGGCGAACCGGCAGCUGGUGACCCUCUUCUCCGCGCCGAACUACUGCGGGGAGUUCGACAACGCGGGCGCCAUCAUGUCGGUCAACGACAACCUCGUCUGCAGCUUCAGAGUGCUCCGCCCGGCCUCUCACAAGAAGUUUAUGGGCUAG